AGGUCCUAAUACCAGGGUUUGUGCCACUGUCAAUGUGUUGUUGUAAUACUCCUCCAUUUCUAUAGGGGUCAUUGGUAGGGAAAGGACAGGAGAUUGUCGGACCAUUGUUGUUGUAAAAGACGGAAGGAGAUCGGUGAGUGAAUCAAUUACAAGAAAAUGUGUUACAAACAAAUUGAACAUCUUAGGUUUUAAUCGGGAUUUAGGUUGUCAAAUACUUACUAGAGGAAGCGUUAUACAGUUUUACACAGCAAUCAACAAGAUAGAUCUUUGACUAUUUUUCGGAUAUUGAAAAGGGCAUGCCUUCAUCCCGAUGGCCACAAGGUGUUUCUGGCCAGGUGGAGCUUGUGAAAAUUAGCCAUACUCACCGUUGCAAUCAGAACUGAGCCACCAUGUCAGACUUCACUAUUGAUAUCCAGCUGACCGAGCUAGGAUUCCCUGACAUCUUGCAGCCCAGAGAAUCCACCUGCGUAAAGGAGACACCACUGCCUUCAGCUGCUGUUAAUACUUGCAUCUCCUCUGCACCCUUGACCAACCGCCAAACUCUCAGUUCGUCUCCUGCGGCCACCCCUGCUGUUCUCGACACAGGACUGGUCAGCGUAGUGGAUCAGCAGGUUUCUGUAGCCUCAGAGACUGCUUGUCCAACACAGCUGGUAAUUUCACAGUCUGACCCUCACGUUACAGUAACUCCAAGCCCUUCUGGACCUUCUCAGACGCUGACAGGACUCAGCCCACCUCAUCCUUCUACGGACCAACAUGUGGCCGUGGCCCACACUUCGCCCCCUGGGACUCCCAUGCUCCCUAAGAGUGAAAGCAAAGGUCUUCUCCAAAACCCUAAAAUAACAAAAAAAGUCCUGAUUUCGGUCUCUCGUGUUGGAACAGGAACUGUUUUUACUACUGUAACUCCUUCUUCGACUAACGUACAACCACUUACUAGUUUAUUUGCUCCUGUCAUCUCCUCCCCUGUUGAACAAUUAGCAACCAUUAAGAAUGAUUCCAAGCUGUCACUGGGAGACAAGACUGAUAAGAUUCAGAUUACAAAACCUGUUGACACAAUAAAGGUGGUUUCUUAUGAAGCUGAGGAAAAAGAAAAGGGAGGAGCAGAAAGUAAAGGAGGGAGGAUUGGAAUUGAAGAGAAAGGUGUUUGCGCUGAUGAUGCUGAUAAUGGAAAAGCGCCAAGAACGAAAGAGGAGAAAGAAAUUGUGAAUACUGUACUGGAAGAUUCUGACGAAACUGAUGACAGUGAAGUUUCUGAGAAUGAAGAUGAUGAGGAGGAGGAAGAGGAUGAUGACGACGAUGAUGAGGAACUGGGUCCAGAAGCGUCUGGAGGUUCAGGCGAACACCAUUGUAGUGUUUGUGACCUGGUACUAUUCUCCAGCUUCCAGCUCCAGGAGCACAUGAACCUGCACACAGGGGCACGCCCCUACUGCUGCGCUGAGUGUGGCAAGCGCUUCUGUCAGCUGGCCAACUACCGCUCCCAUCUACGGACCCACGCCCAGCCCCAGACCGCCGUCCCUGCCGUCGAACACCGCUGCCGUAUCUGCCUUAAGGGCUUCGACUCUCAGGAGGGUCUCCAGGAGCACCUGACCAAGUCCCACUUUGAGAAGGAGUUCUACGAGUGCGACAUCUGCAAGCGCAUCUUCACCUGCCGGACCAAGUGUGAGGAGCACAUGGAGGAGCACAAGCGCAAACUGGCCGGCAACGUGUGCCGGCAGUGCGACCGUCGCUUCCGCCUGCGCCGUUCACUCCGCCGCCACGAGGAGCGGGGCUGCGUUCGUAGCUACCGCUGUACCGACUGCCCGCUGAGCUUCAGCCGCAAGAACACUCUCCUGAGGCACAGUUUUUCUCACCUGGGCUUGCUGCCCUACACCUGCGUGCAGUGCCGCCGACACUUCCGCUUAGCCAGGCUCUACCGUAAGCAUGUGUGCGACCCGGAGCGGAUCCACUGCGUGGCCUGUCUGGGCGUCUUCCACAGCCGCAGCGACUUCCAGAGGCACAAGAAGGAGACGGGCUGCUGGGGCCAACAGGGGACCAGGGGCGAUGAGAUCAGGUGUAUGGAGUGUGGCCAGGCCUUCUCCACCGCGGAAGAGCUGAAAAGGCACGCCGGGGCCCACCAGAGGGUGAUGACGUGCUCUGAGUGUGGCAAGGGCUUCCGCUCGGCCCUGAUGCUGAUGUCACACAUGGGGGGUCACGCGGGGUCAAGGCCUUGUCUGUGUAAGAACUGUGGCCUGGGCUUUCCUCACCAGCAGGGUUAUGAGAGCCACCUCAAGGACUGUGGACUUAAACUCCAUCCUGUGAUGGCUCAGAAGAAACCACGAAAGGAGGUACCUGCCGCUCCUUCCAGUAUACCCCAGCUCACUCCAAGGCGUCUCCCCAUCCCUCCUCUUGUGAAGAAAUCUGAGAGAAAUGUAUCAGUGCCAUUUCCUACCCCGGUGAGAAUGCCAGGCUCUGUCCUUACUGGAGCGCCUAUGGCAGUCCCUGCUCCUACCCCAGUGAGAAUAUCAGCCGUGGCUCCUCUCAGUGCUCCUAUAGAAGUCCCCGUUGAAGUCUCUAACCCCACUGCUGUCCGUGUGGUGAGCCCUGUCGAACCUACUAAGGGGGUGUGGAAGCUCAGCCUGGACAAACAACCUCCUCCUGGGGUGUCCCUGGUCAUGUUUGUUCCUGCCAAUACCCCACUGGCCUCUGGCCUUUCUGGCCCAUCUUCUCCCUUUCCUCAGCUUCAAGGAACCCAGCCCCUGUGGAAGAUACUCAACCCAGCACCAAAUCCAGGACCACCUCUGGUGCUGGGCCAGUCCAGUCUCACCUCUGAGCCAGUCCUAAGCCCAAUAGCAAGGGAAAACCAGUCCUACUCUUCAAAUUCCCCCCUUGAUCUAGUUAUUAAGACCGGUGGCUACAAACAAGAGCCUGCUAAUAUACUACCUCUUGAUCUGUCUAAGAAAUUGACUCCUGCUAGUCUUUCAGUCAAGGCUGAACCCAUAGAUCCUGGGUUUUCAGAGGAGAACAGAGAUGUAUUCACAGGUUAUAGAGUUGAUAGUAAGGACAAAGUCUUUCAGAGCAAGAAAGGGGAAGUUUGUAAAAUGGAAACUAUGGCUCAGAAGGGGGGAAAUAGAGAAGAGAGUGGAGAUAAAGCCAGGCAGAAUGACUGCAUAGAUAAGGAAACAGUACAGGCAAAGACUCUGAAGGCAUCAAGGCCAGGUGUCCCAUCAGCACUGCAGAUCCAGAAUGAUGUCACGCAGACAAAAUCUCAGAAGGAUACUGCCGUAAUGGAUUCAGUGAAUCGGCUGAAAGUUGAGGCAGUCAGCUCUUUACACUCUGAAUUGUCUCUGGGCUUAGUGCAGAUAAAGCAGGAACCAGUGUCUCCUGAUGCUUAUAGUGGAACACAGAGCUCAGACCUCUUCCUGACUGGUGCAUUGAAGAGGGAGACUGAGCCAGAUGUGGGUCUGGACUUGAGGUGGGACGGGGGCACCCCUGGCUUGGUGCUUGACUUGAGAUUGAAUGUGGGGCACACAGCCAGUGUCAGUGUUGCAGAGAAAGCUGAGGAGAGUGAUAUGGCAGUAGACAUGGCUGUGGGUCGGGACAGCGCGGAGGUGGCUGUUCAGGGUGGAGUGCAGGAGAGCAGCGCAAAUAAUUAUGGAUUGCAGGAGAAAGAAGUGGUGGAUAACGGAAAAGAGGAGGAGAAGGAGGAGGAAGAAGAGGGCAAAUCGGAGGAAAGGAUAGCUCAGGUUAAUUUGUGUCUGACCCGUGGUAAUGUUCUCCCUUUAGGAGAGGAUGUAGCACAGAACUGUCGGCUGCAUGCAGAAGAAUCUGAUGGCUCUGUUGUGGAGCCCGGCCGUAAUCCGGAAACACAGCUCCCCUCUCCUAUUCGCUCUGCUCCUUCCUCACCACCAUGUAAAAGAAGAAGGUCACUGAGGUCAAGGGAAAAGCCUAAAGCCCUUAAUAACUGUUUAUUAUAAUAUUGUUUAAUUUAGACAACUAAGAUUGCUGAUGACAAUUGUUAAUUAGUCUGCCUUAUUGUAUUGGGGAACAGAAUAAAACAACCACGGGACCUACGUUAACAGUUUAUUAAAUUAUAAUAGCAAUACAUUUUGUGAAUUACUUGGGUGCCUCUACAUUAUUGUUUUGCACUCUAUGGAUUUUGUUUCUUUAUUAACAUCCAUUUCAGAGGAUUUCCAUUUGCUGAACGCCAGUAAAACGCCUGAACCUACACUCCCAAAUGAUUUAUUUUACAUUUUUAUAAUGCAUAGUAUUGUUUUAGGUAUCUACCAGUUAGAGCUUAGUGAGCUACAUGUCAGUCAUAGUUGGUGUGAUGAUAUUGAGAUUAGGUUAGAGAGGCAACUGUUUUCUCUAGUAGUUAUUUCUAUUUUACAGUGGUUGGCUGUAAGUUGGCUGUAGGAUCCCAGUGUUACCACACACCUUUCCCAACAUUCCAUCACUAUUUUACUUCCAUUUGCAUACUUCAUUCUUGAGCAGAAAAACAGGUAUUCACCAGUAAUAAGGGCCUAUAUUGGCCGUGAUGACAACAGUUAAGUAAUUAUACAGUAACAACAAAUUAUUUCACUACUGUAAAUGUAGGUUUCAUGUAAUUUUUUUUACCAGCUAAUAACUUAUUUGUAAUUUUGUGUAUGUUGUCUAGUCUUCACUUGAAUGUCAAUACAUUUUUGUUGAUUUUGUAAGCUGCUGUAAUGGACUUUGGGCACAAGGUUUUUAUUCAGGUACUGUACAUGGGGAUUGUUAAGGAACCACGAUUUUAUUAUUUGCUGUCAACAUUGAGAAAUGUUUCUUGACACUUCUGUUCAAUUCAGUUAUUUAGCAUUAGCUCUUAGAGUGACUUGCAGCAGAAAGUGUUUACAUUUUCAUACUUGUCCUUUCUGUUUUUAGAUUUCUGUUCCAUGCUGGGUAUUAUAUGCAAAAAAGUCGAUGUGUUGUCCCAUUAUAUACUGUUGAAUAAGUUUGUAUGUAUAUAUUUUAUCACAUUGAAUGUUACCCCAAAGUCAAACUGAACAGAUGCUGUUUUUUUGUUGUUGAUUUUUUUAACUUUCUGGCCUGACUUCUUAAAGGAUCCAAAUAAACAUAAAUGUAUCUUCACUA